UUCCACUAUUGUUGCUCACGCUUGUUUUUCGCGACACUCGCGUGUUUGAAUGAACGAAGGAGCCCACGAAAACCUUCAGACUCAACUUGAGAACAGUACGAUAAAAGUUUACUAGUAUUUCAGUAAAUUAAUCGAUACAUUGUUAGCAUUUCAUCCAACGUGUACGAUCACUGAUUGAGGUUUGGUAGCUAACGUAAGCAAUCCCGGCUCGUGUCGUUUGUUGUGCUAGCUUGCAUGUUAGCUAGCUAGCCAACUCUGCUAUCCUUGCUACUGCUAAACAAGAAACUAGCUAGAUAGAUAACAUUAUCCAGGUAAAUGUAUUUUUUCUAACAGUUAACAAACUAUUAGCCAGCAGUCCUGUAUAUGAUCAAAUAUGUCUGAAGCACAAGACUUGAGAAAGCGCAGCAAGAAACACUAUGGCGGCGGACACCGGAGUAAGAAGUACAAGGGUUCCCGGGAGCUCGAGGUGGGCAUGCAAGGUAUUCUCAUGACCUGUAAUAUGAACGAGAGGAAAUGCACGGCGGAAGCAUUCAACCUGCUAAACGAAUACGCCGACCAACUCUACGGACCUGAGAAUUUUAAGGAACCUGAGGAGAGCGGUAGUGAGGAAGAGGAGGAUGAAGAUGUGGAGGCAGCUCUGAAGAAGGAGGUGACGCAGCUCAAAGCAUCGUCAGGGAAACGGGAGCGGCGCUUCCAGGCCAUGGACAGCGGGGCCAACAACGUCAUCUUCAUCAAGACGAAGAACCUCGACCCUGAUAAGCUGGUGCAUCACAUCCUGUCAGACCUCCACCUCACCAAGAAGAACAAGUCACGAGUCAUCCUCAGAAUGCUGCCGGUGAGUGGAACAUGCAAGGCGUUCCAGGAGGACAUGGAUAAGUACCUGAGUGUGUUCUUAGAGCCGUGGUUUAAAGCCCCCAACCAGGGCAGCUACCAGAUCGCCUUCAAGGCCCGGAACAGCUCCCACAACAAGAGGGAUGACAUCAUCAAGGCCCUGGCAGGCCUGGUGGGGAAGAUGAAUCCUAAGAACAAGGUUGACCUGACCACCCCUGAGCUCACCAUCAUCGUCGAGGUCAUCAAGAGUGUGUGCUGCGUCAGCGUUGUCAGGGACUACACUCUAUACAGGAAGUACAACCUGCAGGAGGUCGUCAAGGAGGAGGGGCCUAAGGACGGGAAACAGGAAGUGGUCACCACAAACCAGGAAGAGAUCAAGUCGAACCAGGGAGAGAAGGAUGGAAAGCAGGAAGAGGGAAAGGAUGCCCCAAAAACGGACGGGGAAGGAGAGGGGGAUGCGGAGGAGGAGAAGUAGAUCCCUGUAACAGGAGGGAGAGGCGAAGAGGGAGAGUAUGAGGGAGGAAGUGAAAUAGAACUGAUAAACAACUCAAAAGGCAACUGGCAGCACAGUGCAGGUGAUGUAGUCAAUGUGUUUUAGGUAGCUUUACUGUAGAACCGGUCCUAUUCCUAUUUUGCGUUCCAAAUGGCACCCUAAUCCCUAUAUAGUGCACUAAUGUUGACCUGAGCCCUGUGGGCCCUGGACAAAAGUAGUGCACUAUAAAGGGAAUAGGGUUCCAUUUGGGACGAUCCCAGUGUGUUAUUUCUUUCUUGUACCUCCAUAGUUACCUACUACCAGGGUUGGGGUCAAUUCCAUUUCAAUUCCAGUCAAUUCAGAAAGUAAACUGAAAUUCCAUUUCUCUUCAAUGUGGAACAUUUGGAAUUGGAAUUUGGGUUACUUUCUGAAUUGAAAUGGUAUUGACCCCAACCCUGACUACUACAAAAUCCUUGGUCCUCCAUUUUGUAUUAAUUCCAAUAUGUCCUCUUCAUCACUGACAGUCCAUUGGUCUCCUCUCCUUACCAUCACACAGCCCUCACUGAAAGCUGAUGGGUACAUUUUAAAUUUCAUUAAAUGUUUAAAAAUAUGCAUUUUUAUUUUUUUACUUAAAAGGUGUCAUACAUUUUUUUUAAUUCCCUCGUUUUCCAUAAAUCCUGGUUGUAGGGUUCCGGAUUUCCUGCUUAUUCGGGGAAUCCUACAACCUGGAUUUCUGUAAAACCAGGGAAUUUAUUAAAAGUUCACUGAAGUUUUCCUCUGUAAAUGAAUGGAAUCUCUCUGGAGUCUUGUAAGUUGACCCAGUUCUUACAGGGCUAGUUUGUCGGACCCAGAUGAAGCAUACUCAUGGGCUAAAAAAAACACUUUCAUUGAGAAUCUCCAUUGAAAGGGUUUCUUAGUCCAGGAACCGUCUCAGAGUAGGAGUACUGGUCAGGGAUCAGGUCCCCUCCCCGGUCCAUAUAAUUGUAUUCGUUAUAAUCUUAAAGACAAAACUGAUCCUAAAUCGGCACCCCUACUCUGAGACAUGGAUAUGGCCCCAGGAAUGUAAGUCUGAUCUGGGUGCAGGACUUAGACCCAUAUACAGUCCGAUAAUGGAGGUAUACUGUAAUAUACCUUUUGUUUUGUAGAACAGAGUAACUUCCCAAAACAACUCCUUGAAAUAAAGUGUGAUUUUUGUUGUU